AUGCUACUCGAGAAUCUAAAAAAUGAAGACAUAAAUUUGCCCGAAAAGUUUGCUACUGGUAUGCUAAUUGAAAAGCUGCCGGAAUCGUGGACUGACUACAAAAAUAACCUGAAGCACAAGCUAAAAAACUACACUAUUGAUGAGCUCAUGAAACAUAUUUUGAUCGAAGACUCCAACAGGAAAGAAUUAAAGACUACCAAAGCUAAGGAGAUGGCCAUGAAAGCUAACCUGGUUCAAAGCAACAAUAAAAGGUAUUCCAACAAAUCCCAGAAUUACAAGCCCAAUAAUCCCAACUUUAAGAAGAAGAAAUGUAUUUGCUAUGUUUGUGAAAAAUCAGAAAACCAUGCUGCUCAAUGCAGGUACAAAAAGAAAGGUGACAAAGCAAAUGGCUAUCCUCCUAAGGUUAAUUUAGGUGAAGGGGACGAUAUAAUUGCUGCAGUCAUCUCUCAAGUCAAUAUAGCAGCUCAUGUAAAAGAGUGGGUAGUAGACUCUGGGGUUACUCGGCACAUAUGUGCAAAUCAAGAAGCGUUUUUCUCCUAUAUUCCAAUAGGGGAUGAUGAAGAGGUAAUCUACCUUGAAGACUCACGAACUGCUAAAGUUCUGGGAAAGGGCAAAAUUUUCUUGAAACUUACUUCAGGAAAAACUUUGACCCUCAAUGAUGUGCUGCAUGUGCCAAAUAUCCGAGCAAAUCUGGUUUCUGUAGUACUGCUAAGAAAAGUUGGGGUGAAAGUGUCAUUUGAAUCUGACAAGAUUAUUAGGACAUAUUAA